GAAAAAAACCAUUAGGAGUAUGAGUUUGAAUUUGCUUACUGUAUUGGUAUUUUUUCGUUUUAUUAAAGACAAUAUAACUAAAGAGAUGUCAACGUGAUUGGCACAACAUGUAACAUAAUGUUCUGGACUGUUGUCAUUGGUGUUAUAUUACUUUUCUUCCUGUUAGAGUUACUCAGACCCAAAUCUUCAAACCGGUUUAAACCAGGAAGGUUUUAUUACACCAAAAAAUGGAUAUUCAGAAUUCUAUUGGUGAUAAACUCUCAUAAGAAGACAAAGAUCAGUGAUGGAAAUACAAGUGAACGAAAGAAUAGAGGUUAUGGUAGAACUAUAACAGAUAUAUCGUCACUAGACUUCUGUCAACCCCUGGAGAGCCACCCAGAUGCAAUUGACACAGUCUAUUUCAACGGUUUUGAUGAAAAUGGGACAUCCCUUGCAUUACGUCUUGCCAGAAAACAGAAUCGUGAGGGGGAACUAUGGUUGAUGUUAGAUAUUCCAGGUGUUGGAUUUUUUCAGCACCCUAUUAUGCCAGAUGCUGGUAUUUCUAAUAUGCCAAAUUGUGGUUUUACUGGUCUUGGUGUAAAAUGUCAGGUUAUUGAACCACUGAGAAGCUGGAAAGUUACAUAUAAUGGACUUUUAAGGAAAGGACUAUGUAAUGAUGUGCAUCACAAACCAGGACAAUAUGUUACUGUGAAAAUGACAUUUAAGUGGGAAUGUUUUAAUGAUCCUUUCAACUUUGAUAUAGACUUGGACAAAAAUCUUCUAGCAGAUGCAAUAGCAAGAGAGAAAUGGACAAAAGAUUUCUGGGCCAAAUUGAGAGGGAAGCAUCAGACUCACUAUGAACAAUGUGGCGAGUUAACCGGACAGAUUGAGAUUGACGGUCACGAUGUCAGAAACGUGAAUCUAAAGAGCUUUCGGGACCAUACAUUUGGUGUCCGCAAUUGGGAACUCUUUUACAGAUAUGCCAUACAUUUUAUCUGGAUUGAGGAGAUUGGGGUAAUGGCAAUGGUAGCUGUAUUAUGGAUGCCAGAUUACAUCUCACUAUUGAAGACAGGUUACCUAGCUUUUGCAUGUGGCGAAACUUACCCAGUUACAGAUAUAGACCUUGAUAUUGAAGAUAUUACCAAAGACAAAAUACCUCCUGAAAAAUACUCGUUUACUUUUAAAGCAGCGUAUGAAGAAUACAAAGUGGAUCUGGUUUCCAUAGUUACCCCAGAAGUUUAUCAUUACAGAAAUAGAACCAGUAGGAUAUUAGAGAGGUUCUGCACAUAUACUGUAAAUGGUCGUAAAGCUAGGGGACUUACAGAAUACCAUUACAGGAAUUACGAAGGUCCAUCUAUGAUAACUAAAGUUCCUGUGCAAAUUCCAUUACUCACUGAACCUGAUGUAAAUAAAGAUAAACAGGGGCAGCUAACUCUAACCUUCCAGGAUGAAUACUGUAAGAGUAGUCUUCUCACUGGUGGGAAAGGUUCUCAAUUAGCCUUCCUCACAUCAAUACAUAAACAGAUAGAUGCCCACAUACCUCGAGGGUUUUGUUUGACUCUUGCAGCAUUUGAGCAACAACUUCAGGAGAACAGUGAACUAGGAACAAGCAUAAAGAAGAUACUUUCUGCUAUUAGAAAUGAGGAGCUACAGAGUCUUCCUGGACUCUGCUCAGAUGCUGUGGAGCUAUUGGCCAGCUGCAAAAUAAAUCAACCAAUAAAAUUUCAGCUUACAAAUACCUUCAAGUCUGUGUUUGGAGAAUCUUGUAAUCAUGUUAGAUUGGCUGUAAGGUCGUCUGCUGCAGGAGAAGAUGGUGGGGAAGCAAGUUCAGCUGGUCAGAUGGAGACUUACCUCGGUGUUAAAGGGCUUGACAGCUUGUUAGAGGCGGUCAGAAAAUGCUGGGCAUCUGCUUACACCUAUCAGGCAGUUGAAUAUAGAAGACAGCAAGGUCAACCAGUGCAGACCUCUAUGGCAGUUGUAAUACAAGAGAUGGUGGCCUCAGAUGUUUCUGGGGUAUUGUUUACAAACGAUCCUGUCACAGGCAAUCCUAACAAGAUGGUCCUAGAUGCUUCAUUUGGUCUCGGAGAGGCUGUGGUAUCGGGCAAAGCUAAUCCAGAUACUAUCAUUAUACAGCGAAUGUUUGACAAUCGACUUAAAAUACUCACUAAAAGACUGGGAGAAAAAAAUGUUGAAAUCAGGAUGUCAGAUAAAGGUGGUGUAAAAUCAGUAGAAACUGAUAUGGGAUCAACAAGUCUGUGCUGCUUGGAAGAUGAACAAAUUAUCCAGUUGUGUCAACUUGCAAUUAAGGUGGAGACAUAUUUUGGAAGCCCACGAGACAUAGAAUGGGCCAUAUAUGAAGAUGAAAUCUAUCUUCUACAGGCCAGACCAAUUACAACAACUGGACAGGACACUGAUUUUGAUUUAAUACAUGAGUUUGACACACCCCAACCUACAGGGCAAGAAAGACUUACUCUUGGAAAUAUUGGUGAAAUGAUGCCCGGCAUUGUUACUCCACUGACUGGUUCCUUGUUUGGACGAGCUGUUGACAGGGCAACCAGUGUUGUUGGUAUAGAUUUUGGAGGUGGAACUGUGAUUAAGAAUGCACUAAAAAGUAUUUCUGUUUCUUGUGGGAGACUUUUCAUCAAUUUGACUUGGAUAGGUCAAGUGUAUGGAAAUUCUUUACUACAUAAAAAAAGUGCUCUAGAGAUGAACCUGCUAGGACAGGUUUUAGAUGACCAUAAAGAGUCUAUGAUAAAAACUUACGGACGUGAAGUUAAAAACUUUUUUGCAAGGUGUUAUAUAGUGUAUAAUUUUUUCUCAUACCAAGCUAACAUAGGGAAUGGGUCAGCCAUAGGAUCCAAAAAUGCUCUGGAGACAAAUUUGAUCGGUAAAAUUUUAGCAGACCAUACUAUGGAUUUCAUAAGCUUGUAUAGUCGUAAGAAAAAACCAUCUGUGUUACAAGUGUUGCGAUGGAUACCUGUAAGUAACAAGAAGAUAAAGAUUGCCGAUAGUUGGCCAGAAAAAUUAAAAACAUACACAGUGGGUGCUGAUUGUGAUACUGCUGAUAACCUGUACCAGGCCAUAGAUAGACAACUUCCUGACUACUACGAGAUAUGGGAAACUACUAUUCAUAAAAGUGCUAGGAGUGGUACCUAUGGUGGUAUAAUCAUGGGUAUUAUAUCUGGGGGAAAAGAUGAAUGGACAACAGAGAAUUACAGUGAUGUGGCCUUGUUGCUGUCUCAGUGUAAUAACGUAUAUAGUGCAGAGGUUCCUAAAGCCAUGAAGGAGAUUGCAAGAAUGAUGAUUAAAUUGGGCAAAGAGAAAGAAUUUCUGGAGAAGUCUGAUGAUGAGUCUGUACUCUAUCUGUCGAGUAAUGAAUGUCCUACAGAGAUACAAUGUCUAUACAAGGAUUUUAUGGCAAGACAUGGACAUAGGUGUAUCAGGGAAGCAGAAUUUACUGAGAAAUCAUGGAGAGUAGAGCCACAGAAAUUGACAAAAGUGAUAAAGUCAAUAUUGAAGUCCCAUGCAUAUGAAGAAACAAAGACGGAUCUACCAACAUUAGAGGAGGCAAUCUCUCAGUUAAAAUCACCUGUGUCUGCAUUUGGAAAGUUUCUACUGCGGAAAUGGUUAGUGAAAAAAGCCAGGGAUGCUGUCGGCCAGAGGGAGUUUGGCAAGUCUGUUGCAGUAGAAGUGAGUGACAGAUUCAAACAGGCCUACCAGAGACUAGCAGAUCUGUUGUUUCUUGAGGGUAAACUACCAGAAAGGGAGCUCUUGUAUUAUUUAACACAUUAUGAGAUUGGUCACCUUGUUAAAGCACAUUCUACACUCCUUGUCACUAAGGCUGUAAGAAGAAGAAAAAUAGCUCCAAUUCAAGCAGAUUUAGAAUUUUCUUUUGUGAGCAUUGGAAAACCUCUACCAAUAUUGAAGAAGCAGGCUGAAGAAAACAGAAGAACCACUUUUACACUAACAGGUAUGCCAGUAAGUGUUGGAGAGGUCAAAGGUCAAGCUAGAGUUGUGAAGUCGUUAGAUGAUGCUGCACAGAUUAUGAAAGGAGAUAUACUGAUAGUGUGUUACACUGAUGUAGGCUGGUCACCAUACUUCCCAUUGAUCUCUGGACUGGUUACUGAAAUGGGUGGACUGGUUUCCCAUGGAGCUGUUGUUGCUAGGGAGUACGGACUGCCAUGUGUUGUUAACGUAUCUGAUGCUACCACUAGAUUUAGAUCAGGAGAUUUUAUACAUCUUGAUGGUACCAAUGGUUGUGUUCAUAGACUUGAAGAUACAAUUACCACAGAAGAUAAAACUAACACGGAAGGUACAACAUAACAUGAAAGAUAUAACUACGAAGAUAAAACCAACAUCGAAGGUACAACAUAACAUAGAAGAUACAAUUACCACAGAGGAUAAAACUAACACGGAAGGUACAACAUAACAUGAAAGAUAUAACUACGAAGAUAAAACCAACAUCGAAGGUACAACAUAACAGAGAAGAUAAAACUACCACAGAAGAUAAAACCAACAGGGAAGAUACUGCAUGGGAGAUAUAACUAUAAUUUGAGAUAGCCUAGCCAUAAAACCUUUACAUAUUUUAUACAAACAAAUUUUAUUUACAUUAAUUAUAUGAUUGAGCUUCGCUUAUUAAAUUUUUAGAAUUGAUUGUAUAGGUGUAUUCAGUCAAUGUGCUAAUUUCUAUGGGGGGGGGGGAAUAAUUUACAUUUGUUUAAUAUCUUUUAUGCAUAAUUUACAUGUUUAUAAAACAAUGAAUAAACAGAAAAUAUUUUAAGCGGGUACUAUAUAUUGAGUAUUGAAAUGUUUUAUCAUUUUUUGUUUUACAUUUAUUUAAUCUAUUGUAUUUCUGUGCUUCUAUAAAGCAUGUAUUGUUUUUAAAUUUUGUUUUAGAUACAUGUUAACCUCAUUAAAUAAAUUCCUGUGAUUAUAAUGGAAAUGUCUCUUAGAUUUUUUUUCAAGAUAAGUUACUUUUAGUAUAUGGAAACCAACUUGAUUAAUUGACAGCAGCUGUAUUUAUUAAAGAUCAUAAUGAUUCAAUGAAAAGCAUCAUUAUAGACAUGCAUAAUUUGUUUUAGAUUAGGGUUACUUGUUUUAAGAGAUUUUAUACUUGUUUUAAGAUGGUUUAUACUUGUUUUAAGAGGGUUUAUACUUGUUUAAAGAGGGUUUAUACUUGUUUAAAGAGGGUUAAUAUACUCGUUUUAAGAGGAUAACUUGUUUUAAGAGGGUUUAUGCUCGUUUUAAGAGGGUUUAUACUUGUUUUAAGAGGGUUUAUACUUGUUUUAAGAGGGUUUAUACUUGUUUUAAGAAGGGAACUUGUCUAAAGAGGGUUACUUGUUUUAAAACAAGGCUAAUUUAUUUAAACAGGUAACUUGUUUUAAGAGGGAUACUUGUUUUAAAACAAGGCUAAUUUGUUUAAGAGGUAACAUUACCUCUUUAUUUAGGUUGUUUUAUUAUUUUUAUUUUUUACUCUUCCUGUAUUUGACAAAAUUUUAUAAAAUAUAGAUUUAUUACAUAUGCUUAUUUUUUUAAUGGACAUUAUGCAAUAUUUUUUUUAUGUUUAGUGAAGUUAGCUUUCCUAACUACAUGUACAUGAAAUCAGGCUCACUAGCAAUCCUUAUUUGUCCCUAAUUUUUUUUGUACAUUUUUAGAAUGUGUUAAUAGUAUUCCUAUUUUUUUUCAUUACAGUAAAGGUAUCUGGCAUAAAAAAAAUGGAAAAAUGUGUCUUCCUUACUUGCUCAUUACUUUAGAAUUGUUUGUGCUUUUUUUUGAGCAGAUGAACAUUCAGAAGACAUCUACCAGGUAUUGCCUUUUAUUCAACAAAAUUGUAUGAAGUGUUAAAAUGGUUAGUUUAAACAUUGGAGAUUUUUUCUCAUGAUUUUAUAUUAUGCAGCUGAUCAGUACACCCAGCAAGACCUUCAAACAUUUUUACUUAAAUUUCCUACUUUUCACAGGUUUAUUUUUGCUUGUCACAUUUAAUUGAUCUUUACAGUCUAUUUCACUGGCAAGGCAUUUUCUUUAUACAGUUUUCAGGGUUUUUAUUUCUCCAGGAUUUAAAUGAAAAUUAUGUGAUAUGUUUAACACAUUUUAUAUUAUUGUUCAGAUAUUUCAUGUAUUGUAGAAACAUUGUCUCAUCCAUUUACCUUGCUGUUUUCAUUUUUUCGUGUGCUUAAUUUCAGCAUGAGAAGUGAUUUUUAUGAAAACUAGGAAGGUUAUUCACUUCAAACAUGAUAUACAUGUUCACAAUCAAAAUAUGUCGCCAUUUUAGAAUGGCAGAUUAUCCUAAAAUUCAUUUUUGCAUUUUAAGUUUUAAUAUGGCUUAUUAUUUAGAUUUCUUAUUAUUUAGAUAAGAUUAUUUAGUUUUAUUUUCUUUGAAGGAUAUUUUUAUAUGCUGGUUUGAAAAGUGGGUUGUAUUAUAGUUUCCCCCUGGCGGGUGGACAAGCAGUAGGGUGGGCGGCAUCCAAUUUUUGGCACAAAUGUUUACCAUUGUGAGGCUUAUUGCGUAAUAAUGCAGGUCCCUGCUACCAAAGCCAAGGUCAAAUAGAGAGGUCAAAGUAUGUGCAUGGGGACUAUUUAGUCAUCAUUUAUUGAUGGAUUGUAACACCAAUGAGAACUGUCAUGACUACAAGCAUGACACAUGUAAUUUAGGUCAAUAUUUGCAAGGUCAAGGUCACUAGAGAUGAAAAAUUAUCCAGUUAUUUUCCUGAAAUAGCCCAGAGCAUGUCCCAUAAUGCCCACAUCUCUGUCAAAAGCUUUUGUGACAGGCGUAUUUUGCAAUAAUGUUGCCCUUGUUUAGAACUUAUACUUUUUAUAUAGUCAGAUAUUAUCAUUCAGAUAUUAUUAUGCCUUAAUUUUUUAUUCUGUGAUCAUAAUGUGGAUUAAAUGUGAUAAAUAAUGAAGUUAAAAUGACUGAUUUUGUAGAUUAUAUUUGUACAAUGGCUGCAUAUGUUGACCAUACCAUUACUUUUAGUAGUUUUGUAGGUUGCUGAUCCUUUUAUAACAGAGUAGUUGUUGAAUUUUUUUAAAACUAUAUAUGACUGUGUGUUGUUUUUUUUUUUCAUUAUAUUACAGUUUUGUUGCAAUUUUUUUUUAACCUCAGGAUAGUCAACUUACAAUUGCCAUAAUACUGGUAAUGUUUGUGUUGUAUUUUAUGUUAAAUAGUUGUGGUAUUAGCUUCCCUUACUUUAUUGGGACUUCUUUUAUGUUUACUUAUGAUAAUUUGAUUAUAUAUUUAUCAAAGUUAAUUGUAAGUGAUUUACUUGUGCUUUUUUAUAUUUAGAUAUUAUUAUUCUUGUGCCAUCAUCUGAUACCCGUGUUUGAUUACCAUGUUAUCAAGCAGUGGGUAAAUAAAUUUAUUUGUGUCGAUAUACAGCAACAGGUGCAUAAAAUAUCAACCAACAUUAUUGUGUUUAACAAAAUUUAUAUUCUUCAAUGACGAAGGUAAAAACUAUCAGUAACAGUAAGUUUUUAUGCUUUUUUGCUGGAAAUCGUUUACAUUUUUGAUAUUGAAAUUUUGACAGCUGACUUUAAUUGGUUGCCGCAAUUUUGUCUGUAAUGCGGAACAUUCUAUAGAAUGACUUUUUGCUUAGUUUUAAUCGCCUCAUAUUUCAUGAGGCAACCAAUGAAAUAGCCGUCUUUGACACACUUCUAAUCAACUAGAUAUCAGCCAAAAAUCCUACAGCUGAUAAAUGUCAAUGGUUAGGCCGUGGGUAUCAGACAAUGUUCUUGUGUAUGCAUAUGAAAUAAGUUAAAAUAUUGUAACCUUAUAUUGACAUAUCUGGUAUAAAACAAAAUAAAUAUUUAAAUUCUUA